UUGGAAUUUUAGCUACAAUUUGGUCUUAUUUGGGAGUUGGGACUAUUUUCCCUAAAAAUAAUCAUCAUGUUAAUAACAAUAGAAUCUUAAGAAUGAAACAAAAACAAAAAAAAAAUAGGUUUCGUUUUAUGCUUGUGGACAAUCAUGCAUAACUUAUGCUGACGAUUUAAACCUAGCGAGCGCCGUAGAUGGCGAUCGAAGCCUGACGGCCAGCGAAGUGGUGGCGGCCAGAGCACUGCCAAUCGACAUCUGCAACUGAUGCUGAAGAUCCGUUGCUUGUCUCCAUCGUCCUGUUAAAUCGUGGUUCCACAGAAAUCGAAGUUCAAGCUUCUUCCUAAUGGCGGACUGGUCCUAGCUUGUCUAGGUGUGAUUUGGGGUGCGUUUCUGUUCUUUAAGUCUACAGCUUGUCCGUUGUUGUAGUGGAGAAGCCUCUGCAGCUUGUCCUUGGAACUAUUGUAUAUGAAAGCUUUUUUCCUUUGUUUGGAGACUGACUGAAGGUGAUUUGUUUCUCUGGAAAAUGAGUGUUGUUUCUUGGACCUGCAGGGGAUUAGGGAACUUGGCGACAGUCUCGGAUUUGGUUAAGGAAAAAUAUCCUAAAAUUGAGUAUAACAAUGGUUUUACUGUAGCUAGUCAAGGGCAGAGUGGAGGUGUCUGUCUAUGGUGGCGAGAUGGAAUUAAGCUCCAAAUUCAAGCUUGGGGUGUGAAUUACAUUGAUUGCCUAAUACAGUUGAUAGAAGAUGAACCACAAUGGAGGUUUACAGGUUUUUAUGGUUUCCCCGAAAUAAACAGGUGUAGAGAUUCAUGGAAUCUGAUUCGUAAUCUAUCAAGGCAGAAUAAUAUGCCAUGGUUAAUGAUAGGAGAUUUCAACGAUAUUCUCCAUGUUAAUGUAAGAAGAGGCCAGACACCGCAACCCAAUUGGCAAAUCAAUGGUUUUUGGGAGGCAAUCUGGGGGAGUGGACUCAACAACAUUCCUUUUGAUGGCUACCAAUGGACAUAGGAGAGAGGGCGGGGUACAGACUGGUGGAUUGAAGAGAAGUUGGAUCGCAUUGUGGCUAAUAGUGGCUGGAUGGACACCUUUAAAGAGAUACAUGCCUGCUCUUUAGAAGGAUCGUCUAGCGAACAUCUCAUGCUAUAUAUCCGUUUUGGUUAUUCAGACGGGCGGCGUUUUAAAAAAACGUUCAAGUUCGAAAAUAUUUGGUUGAGAGAUGAGGAUUGCAAAGUGAUAGUGAGGCAAAGUUGGGAAGAUAGACCGCAUCGGGGAAUCUGGCAACGAAUUAGUGAUUGCGGUCUGGCUUUAGAAAGGUGGAGCAGGAGGAGGAAAUUGGGGUUCUAGGCAAGGAUUGAUCAGUGCAAACACAGAUUGGCUAAUCUGCGCAGUAUGUAUGAAUUAAUUCCACUUUUGGUCCUACGAAUUUUAUGUCAAUUCUACAUUUAGUCCACUUCUUUCACUUUGUCCACUUUUGAUACUUGAUUAAUGUUUUUUGACCAUUCGGGUCCUUCCCCGGCGAUUUUAACCACCUGAAACAUGACCGGAAGGACUACAUAUGGACGAAAACACAAUAGUCAUGUACCGAAACUGGACAAAAUGAAAGGCGUGCACUAAAUGUGGAAUUGACAUAAAACUCAUAAGACUAAAAGUGAAAUUUAUUCCGAUAUGUAUGAUAGAAGAAGUAUAGACGAGUUCCGCAGAGUGAAAGUGGUUCUAAUCGAUCUCCUAAGACAACAAAAUGACUUCUGGAAGCAACGAGCAAAGGACUUUUGGCUAAAGGAGGGGGGUGUGAACACUAAGUUUUUUCAUAAUUCAGUGAAACAGAGAAGGCGGAUAAAUACUAUGAAAAGGUUAAAGCGUUCUGAUGGGACGUGGGUGAGCGACAGGAGCCAACUUAAAAUGAUGGUGGAGGAGUACUUUCGAGAUCUGUUUAGGUCUGAAGGCGUUGUGGCGAGACAUGAGGAUCUUGCGGGGUUAGUGCAGGUUUCAAGCGCUGAUAAUGAUUGGCUACUUAGACUGGUUACGAUGGGGGAGGUAAAGAAAGCAGUUUUUGCAAUGCAUCCUGACAAGGCUCCAGGGCCUGAUAGCCUUAAUCCAAGUUUUUUCCAACAUUACUGGGAUAUUGUGGGAUGUGAUGUUUUUCAUUAUUGCAAAAAUAUUUUUGAGACCGGUCAUCUUCCCAAUGGGGUAAAUGUUACUAAUCUUGUUCUUAUACCUAAAAAAGAGAACCCCGAAAAUAUGGGAGAUUGGAGACCCA